UCUUUGUCUUUGUUGGCAAGAAAGUAAGCAAAUCAUCGAUUAUCCGCCACACUCUAACUCUUUAUCCUAACUCAAGUAUGUGAUCUAGUAGAGCUUUUUUGGAUAUAUUGGAUAUCAGAUAUCGGAUAUCGGAUAUAUAUAUCAGGCGAACUUAAUAAUAGUGUCAUAGUCAUGUUCUCCAUAGACAAGAGUCUUCUUCCGGCCUUGACAACUCGUAAGGCACUACUUGUUAUCGAUCCCCAGAAUGACUUCCUGGACGAGGAUGGUGCCUAUCCGAUCAACUACCCCAUGGAUCUUCCAGAUAGAAUAGCAGGCUUAGUAACUGGCUUCCGACAAGGCGGCGGCGACAUCAUAUGGGUAUCCAGUCGUUUUGAGAAGUCACGGUCUAUAUUUGAUGAGCAGAUCUUGACAUCAGACCGCUCGUCCAACCCUCGGUCCCCGGAUCAUUCUCGUGGCCGUCGUCGACAAGCACCGCAGCAUACACCACAAGCUUCCGAGUGCCCCGAAGCUUUUUUAACCCAAGAGACCCCGAAUCUACCGAAGUGUGUCCGGACAGGUUCCUGCGGGAUAGAGAUGCAUCGGAUCGUGAAGGCUGCCACCGGGCCGAGAGAUUACUCGGUUGUAAAGUCCUACUACUCGGCUUUCAGGUCAGAACAACUCCUUCGGCUACUACGUAUGAGACUUGUCACGGAACUAUUCAUCUGCGGUUCCUCGACUAAUACCGGGGUUAUGGCCACCGCCGUCGAUGCUGCAAGCCAUGGGUAUACCAUCACCAUAGUCGAGGAUUGUAGCGGUUAUCAUAACAUAAUGCGACAUCGCAACGCUAUCAAGCAGAUAUCGAACACGACAGGCUGUGACGUUCUAGCUGCGGAAGACGUCUUAACAUCCCUUAAACCUAAAUCGAAGCAGACAAAGAGGUCAGGUGAUAGGCCGGCGACAUCCCCAGCCGGCAGGUUCUCUACCGUACGUCGUACCGGAGGAGGGGACGAUUCUUCUACGUCCUCGGCCUCAGAACUCUUAUCGUCGUUUGAGAACCUGUCGCUAAGUGCUGAGCGUACAGUCGAUACCCCCAAGCCCAAUGCAUCUACGGAAAAUGCAGCACUGUCGAUUCAACCCCUGGUGAAUCUCGUGAAACCGAAAACUGCAGAAAGCAACCGAAAGUCACGUGCCGAUUCAUCAUCAUCGAGAUCGGGUCGAACCGACUCAGCCAGCCGAGCCGAGCUACAUCGAACGAUCUUACGUGAUGAGUCACAAAGCGGUGAGCAUGAUAAGAAUAAUGAUGUGCAGGCUUUGGAGGUUAGAAAGACAUUGCUGCCAGCAAAAUUGACAGCAGCGUCACAGAGCAAUAGCAUUGUUCCUCAUCAACACUCUUCGGAGAUUUUACUACCAGACAAAAAGCAUAAAGCAACUGUUCCUACACAGGACCAAUUAGAAGGUGAUGAAGACUACUUAUCAUCAGAAAUAAUCCAAUCUAGCUCAUCGGGAAGCAUCCUAUCACCAGCAGGGAUUGUGAGUGAGACACCAAGCGAAAAAUCUCCCCAGCAAACAAAAACGCCAGCAGACGAUUCGAAAGUUGAAGUUAACAAUAAUAGCAAGAUGGCGCCCCAAGAAGUAAUGGCCCCAAGGGAGAGUGAGCCUCUGGCUGAGGGUGACACGAAGGUCAUCUAUGAUGUUUUACUUCCCCCAUUAUCCGAGGAUAUCUUUGAGAAGAUUAAAGCCGAGGUAGAUUGGCGUCGAAUGAACCAUCAAGGUGGCGAGGUACCACGCCUUGUCGCUGUUCAGGGACAGGUAGACGAGGAUGGUACCAUGCCUAUUUACCGCCACCCAAGCGACGAGUCACCACCCUUAUUUCCAUUCACGUCUACCGUACGUAGUAUCAAGGAGACUGUAGAGAAGCACUUGGGCCAUCCCUUAAAUCAUGUUUUGAUACAACUUUACCGCAAUGGCAACGACUACAUCUCGGAACACAGCGACAAAACUCUAGAUAUUGUUCAGGAUAGUUUCAUCGCCAAUGUCAGCUUGGGGGCAGAACGGACGAUGGUUUUCCGAUCGAAAAGAGAGCUUUCGGACCCUGGACAUCCACGUCCGCCACGGAAAUCUGAACGAGCAUCCUUGCCCCACAACUCACUAUGCAAGAUGGGAUUAACGACAAAUAUGCGAUGGCUCCACAGUAUUCGUCAGGAUAAGAGGAUGGACCGAGAUAAGACGGAGCCAGAGCUUGCCUAUGACGGCGCUCGCAUUUCGUUAACUUUUCGACAGAUAGGAACCUUUUUGGACCGGGACGGGAGAUUAAUAUGGGGACAAGGGGCUACGGCAAAGACUAGAGAGACGGCGAACAAUGUGAUUAAUGGUCAAACGCCCGAGGCAGUCAAGAUGUUGAAAGCGUUCAGUAAGGAAAACCUGUCGACAAAAUUUGACUGGAACGAGUAUUACGGCAAAGGGUUUGACGUACUCCAUAUCUCAGCCGCGCCCCGAUUGUUCCUAUCAUCGGAUGCUGUCGUCAAUAUGCGAAUCCAGUUGAUGCUAGCCGAGUAUGGAGUCAGCUAUUCGAGGGGAAGCAUGUCAGCUCUCUCCGACUGGCAGGACAGCGAGCCUGCCAGUGAUCCUGGAGCUAUUCCCAUUAAAUUCGUGGACGUGGAUUCUUCUAAGACGAUCAUAGAAGAUGGCGUUGAGAUCAUGUUAUACCUUGACCGCAUCUACGGCCAGAAAAAGAACGACUCCUCCCGUGAAGAGCAAUCGCCGCAGAGAGAUGUUGAGAAGGAGUCAGCUCGAUUCCAAGAAGCCCUGACCCUCCUAGGAAAGCAUAGGGAAAACCUGGACGCCAAAACAUUCCAAUCCGAAAUGCGUGUGUGGGAGACGUACGCGGCAGAAGACAACGAGUUUAUUGCAGGGCCCACCAUGUCAUUGGCUGACUAUGCAUUCUGGCCUAUCGUCAACGACAUCAUGAGACUGCCGGGGCAGUACGAAUUUGGUCCAGAUAUAACCGGGUUUGACAAUCUAAAGAAGUAUCACGAACGUAUCCGGACGAGGGAUUCAGGCAGAAAAACUAUAAUAGCGUGCACAAGCUGUAUUCGAAAGAAGCCUACAGAUGGUUGUGAAAGUACCACUUCAGCUUCAACGUCGGCUUCGGCUUCUGGUUCUUCUCCCUCAUAGUAAAAUAAUAAAUGGGGCACUUUCAGGGUCGAGAAGAGAAGGAUGAAUCGUUUUUUUUUUUUUUGCAUUGUACCGGAUGGGGAUGAGCAUUUGCAGGGGUUGAGUGGCGCAUUAUAGCAUAGCAUUGUAGGCAUCGGAUGGGCGAGUUGAGGCGGCGGGCUUGAAUCCGGAUGUCCAAUGAAUGAAUAACUGCAGUGAAAAGUUACAUAAUCCGAGUUUUCCGGACAUAGAAUAAUGGAUUGCUUCGGGAUUGAUAAAAACCACCUUGGAUAGGUACCUACCUAGGUACUGAUGGGCGUAAACAAAAUAAUUGAGACCUAUUCGUACCCUAAAAAAGUUGCGUUUACUAGAUACUGAUGUGAAUGUGGU